AUGGAUGGUAUCUCAACAGAGGGGAUUGCUGGUGAGGAUGAAAAGGCUGUAGUUGGGGAAGAGGAGUUUGAUCGUGACACGGAUUGUUCAAGAGCAGCAGAUGGGGGAGUGGAGGCAGGGAGUGGAGCAGCAGCAGGUGGGGGAGUGGAGAUGGGAGUGGAGGAGCAGCAGGUGGGGGAGUGGAGGCGGGGAGUGGAGGAGCAGCAGAUGGGGGAGUGGAGGCGGGUAGUGGAGGAGCAGCAGAUGGGGGAGUGGAGGCGGGGAGUGGAGGAGCAGCAGAUGGGGGAGUGGGGCCGGGGAGUGGAGGAGAAGCAGAUGGGGCAGUGGAGGCGGGAAGUGGAGGAGCAGCAGAUGGGGGAGUGGAGGCGAGGAGUGGAGGAGCAGCAGAUGGGGGAGUGGAGGCGAGGAGUGGAGGAGCAGCAGAUGGGGGAGUGGGGGCGGGGAGUGGAGGAGCAGCAGAUAGGGCAGUGGAGGCAGAGAGUGGAGGAAUUUUGGGGAGGGGAAGAGGAGCAGCAAGGAGAGCAUGAGGGAGGGGAGGAAUGGGAGGAAGAAGAGGAGCAGCAAGAUUUGAAGGUCGAGAAGGGAGGGUGUUAG